AAUUUUGUCCUCGAAUAAAUUAACCGUUUGGACUCAUCAGUCCAUUACGAGAAACACAGUUAAAUAUCUUGAUUUAGCGAUAGUUUGGAAUUUCAUAUGGGUUGUCUUGAAACUAAUCAUCUUCUCACGACAGAAUGUCAGAAGGAGACAGCGUCGGUGAUUCGAUCCAUGGGAAACCGUCAACGGUUGGACGCUUUUUCACAAGACUUGGCCAGGUCUAUCAGUCAUGGUUGGACAAGUCAACACCAUUCGCUAUUGUGCGGUGGGGCGCCACACUCUUACUAACUGCCAUCUACAUGAUCAGAGUGUAUAUUCUACAGGGAUGGUACAUAGUCACAUAUGCUCUGGGCAUCUAUCACCUCAACCUGUUCAUUGCUUUCCUGUCGCCAAAAGUGGACCCAUCUCUGCUUGAUGACGGAGACGAGGGUCCGGCGUUGCCUACCAAGCAGAAUGAGGAGUUCCGGCCUUUUAUUAGGAGACUACCUGAAUUCAAGUUCUGGCAUUCGGCAACGAAAGGCAUCGUCAUUGCAAUGAUUUGCACGUUCUUUGAAGCCUUCAACGUGCCAGUGUUCUGGCCUAUACUGGUUAUGUACUUCAUCAUGCUCUUUUGUAUCACCAUGAAGAGGCAGAUCAAGCACAUGAUCAAGUACAGAUACCUGCCCUUCACUCACGGAAAGAGAACAUACAGAGGCAAGGAAGACAUCACAGGGAAACCAUUUGCUAGUUAGAAUCACCCAAUGGGUCCCCCACCUGUAAUUAAACUAAUUGAUGAGGAAUGGUGCGUAAAAGGGGUCGGCGAGGGGUUUUGGUUUAUUUUCUUUUGUUCAUAUAUAUAUAUUUCUUUUUUAUGAGACGGGUAAAUGGGAGGUGAAAGAGUUUUGAUCCAUGCUGACAGUGUUUGGUUGUGGACAGCCCCUAUGAUUGGGCGAGACCAUCACGCUGCCUUUUGAUUGGACUGUGGGCCAUAAAGGGUUUUCUGCGGGCUGCUCUGGGGUGUGCUCUGUGCCUCUCUGGGUGGUGGGGGAGGGGAGGGGAGGGGGUGGGGUCUUUGCCUUCUGACCCUGCGGGGUGGUAAGUAUUUGCUAUUGUAGUUGGGGGACGCCAGGUAUUCUGCAGCAUCGUAGUUCCUAGUCAUUAAGAUCACCCCCUCAACACUUUCCACUCCCCCCCCCCCCCCCCCCCCCCCAGAUCUGAUAGACCUUACGGGUUCUACCCAGUGGUAGAGGUGCUUGCAGGUGUCAUAGCAACCCUAUCUUCAUCAGAAUGGAAAUUCUUAAGUUCUAGAACUUGAUUUUGCUUGACAUCCACCGAGCUUCAUGACUCCGCUCUCCUUCAUAACUGCCUCAACAACUCUGUUGUGGAUCCACCUGUAAACCAGCAAACUGUCUCAAUGAAAAAUUCCUUCAGAUCUCACUGCAGUAACUUUGCCUUGUGGGUGGAAGAGGAUCUGUGGGUGUGGAGAGCACUAGUGCUUCAUACUUUUAUUUGAAAACAAUGUCACAUGCCAAUAUAUAUAUAAAUAUAUAUAUUAUAUGAAUGCUUGUGUGUAGAUGAAGGCUCUUGGGAAAUGUAGUCUAACACCUUUAGCAGUAUUUGAAUGUGUAUAUAUUUUUUGUUUGUUUGCCCGCCCCCCCCACUACCUCCUUCACAGUUGUAGUGUGUAACGCACAACCCGAGCGCUCUCCCUCCUCCCCUUCAGUCCACGUUAAUUUAGAUGUGAUGGUGAUGAGAUGGAUUAGCAGAACAAAAAAGAAUAAAUGAUUUAAAAGGAUUCAUUCCAAUGCAUUGUACUAUGUUAACUCACCGUAGUAGUUCUGUUUGUAUGAAUAUGUGACAAGAGUUUAAUCAUUCCAAACAAAAAUGUUGUUUCUUGUCUCUCUUCUCUUGCAGAGGACACAUGAACAUUGAGUGGUUUAUUAUUACAAAUGGACGGAGUGGGUUGAAACCUGAUUUUUUUUUUUUUUUUUUUUGUCCUUUUUUUUGGAAGGGGCGGGGGGUUGUUGGUAUGGGACUUGUGAGCUGAGGAUCGCAUUCUAACAGCUAAUGUAGAUUUUUUUAAAAACCACAGUUUUCCUGGAGGAGAGAAAAAAAUAAUCCACACUGUAGUUAAGGAUCAAAGCAUUUUUCCUCUGCUAGUGCAUCAUGUUUUUAAGGGUUGUUUUCAGGAUUUAUACAUAAAUAUAUUUUAAAGAUUAAUUUUUUGUUCUUAAGACAUGCUGUUUUCCAAGUGUUAAAUCAACUGUGUCAUAUUAAACCAAUCAAAACGAAAUGGAAAAAAACAUUGGAUACAAGAUUUGUAAAUUGUUUCUCAUGGAAGAAAUUGCAUGUGGUUGGUUUUCUUGUGCCGUUGACCAGAACAGAAAAAAAAAAGAUUUUAAUAACUCAAAAGUGUAAUUUUUAUCACUCCAAAUGCUAUUAAAACAAUGGUGUCUCCUCA